UGGGCAGUUAACAAACAUGAAUAAAGCAGCUCUGAAAACCCCCUGAAGGGAGAGAGAAUACAAAGUCCCAAAGCUGCAAUCUGAGGCCUUUAACUGCCUUUAUGUACAAGGUUAUGUAAAUGUAACCUGUCAACUGACUAAGGCACAUCAGCACAUUUUCAGUGCUUCAAACGAUGAGAAAUAUUUAUGGGACUAGUAGAAAGAUGACAUCCACUGUAAGUACCAGCUUCACCUUGAUUCCCAACCAGAAAUACAGACGCAGUAGCCGUCGCUCCAAACCAUUCUGCCACACUGUGGACACAGAUUCUGAGUCACUGUCCACGCUUGGGAAUUUUAAAGCAUUGCCAUUAGAGAUCUUUCAAAUGGUUUUGAAAUAUCUCUCAGUGACGGAUAUUAGCAUGCUAAGCAUGGUAUCGAAAGCCAUCAGCAACCGCCUUAUUAAUUACAUCUCAACCUCAUCAGGAAACAGAAGGCUUUUACUGCAAGAUUUUCAUAACCUUGAGAUAUCUGGCAAGAGAGAAGGAUCCUGUAUAUUAGAACACUACAGAUCUCUAGGUUUGUUGCUUAAAAGGUGCACGCUAUUACUGCCCACAAAAGACAGGCUAAAGUACAUACACAAGAUACUCUCAGAAGUUUCCUGUUUUAAACUCAGCGGUUGCCCAAGCCCAUUGCAUUGCUUGGGAUUACAGUGCUAUGGUGUGUUUUUACAGACCCUGACAGCAGGCUGGGAUGAAUUAGAAUGCCAUCGUGUUUAUAACUUCCUCUGUGAGCUGAGCAAUCUACCCCGCAAAGUACAGACAGUUGUCAGCAGCAAACCAGGAAGCGCCCGAAAGCUGGAAUUACGGAUAAGGUUAUUCUGUCGCAGUGUCCUGCUAAAUCACUGGAUUCAUCGAAGUGAUUCUGCAUUUUGGCUGACUCGUAUCUUAAAACCGUGGCCAAUGGUUAAUCAAGCCCGGUUGUUAUACAUCAUUUUUGGCCCAGUCUCCUCUAUAAAUGGACAUGUGGUUUGGCAGAAAAUGAUAGACGGACCAACUGAUGAGACCAGUUUAAAGGGUCUAGCUGAUGCUAUUAAACUACUGUAUGACACAGAAGCUAAAGAGUGGACAGCAGAUGAUGUUAUCAGUCUUGUGGAUGAAUUGUCAGUGGUUCCCCGGGAGUGGCUCAUGGAGAAUAAUGCUCGCCUCCUCAUAUUGAGUGGAAACAACAUCUGCUUCACCUUCAUGGCUAGUAAAGCUGUGAAUGGGCGGGCUGUUGAGUUGGCCAGGCUAGUAGUCUUUCUGGCUUUGGUCUGUGAAAAGGACCUAUACUGCAUGGAUUGGGCAGUAAAAAUGAUGCAGAAAGUCUGUAAGGUUUUCAGCACUCCCGGCGAAAGGAAUAACUUCCUGCAGAGCGUGGAAAAUGCAUUUGCUCACAUGAUCAUGGACAUGUUACAGUCAGUAAUGUCUGGAGAUCGUGAGGAAGAAGACAGCAGCUUUUUGAAUUUAUUUCACCUGGUGAAUGCACAAUCUAACUUCCAUAAGGAAAUUCUAUAUCUCACCAUGAGAAGUACCUCUACUUAAAUACUCACAAUUACUACAGUGAUUCAUAUAGGUGUCCACUUAUCUUUUAAAUUCAUUCUCCAGCAGCUUCUUGCCAAGUUUUAACAGCUACUGAUCACACUAUCAAAAAUAGAAAAUAUAAUAACCCGUUAAGUCUGGAAGUAUAACUUUUGCAGAAGCAGCAGAAGGCUGACGGGAGAUGCUAGUGAAAUACAAAGCAGAAGAAUUACUUAAACCUAUAAAGAUGUAGUGAGGCAACUAUAAGAAACUACAGCACAAUCUGUGCAAUAAACUUGCCAAAGAGUGUGUGUCAAGAUGUGCUGAGAAGCCCAUCUGUGACAUUCCAUGGUUUGACUGUUAUGGGUGGGAAUACACACUGCAUUCUUCUCCCACUGUGUAUGUUUGGAUACAAAAUAAAAAUGACAUGGUGUUGAGAUUUGAUGUACAACCACAAAUUAAAGAAUGUUGUUUUAGUUCAGAACAGAAAAUAUUUUGCUCUUUUAAUUUUGUUUUCUCUUUGGAAUCCAUUAAUUAAAAACCAAUAUAAUGAGAAAGGCAUUGCCAGGUAUCUCCAGUUCAAGUUACACUUGGGUAUCUAUAAUUCACUCUGAUAUUCUUCGCUCCUGAACUCUGCCGUAGGUAUCUGCAUGGCUUGGGCAUUAAGUUUCAGUACAAAGGCUCUCUGGAAAAAGCCAUAGUUUUUUAAGGAUGGAAGGUUGGUUUUUUGUUUUGUUUUUUGUGGGUUUUUUUUUUUUUUUUUUUACAGAACAUGCUUUUCAUCUAUAAAGCAGAAGAAACUUCAGAAUGCACCUUUGUACUAAAUAUAAUAACUGAAUAGUUAAAAAAAUUAUAUGUCUGCUAAGUUGAACAAUGUUUAAUGCAUGUAGAUAUUAAUUCAUGAAGAUCACUGGUUUUUAUUAAAGUACCAGAUAUGUAUUCUAGUCUAAAAAAAUUAUAUUUAUGGUACAUUGCUUUAAAAAAUGAAAAUAUUUAAUAUGUGCUAAACAGUAUUUAUUACAUUUUGGGUUAUUUAUAGGAUGGCUAUUUUCUUCAUAUUAUUAAAAUACCUUUUUCCU